AUGUCUGAACAUCGUAAGGCGAUCAUUAUCGGAGGAGGUCCUGCGGGUCUCUCGACCGCGUUGCGUCUCCACCAAACCACAAACGUCAAAUGCACCAUCUAUGAACUCCGACCUGAGCCAACCACCCUCGGAGGUGCAAUCGGCAUCAUGCCCAAUGGUCUCCAACUAUUCUCCCGUCUAGGUGUCUAUGACGCCCUCCACGCGCGGGGUAGCAGCCAGAGUAACCUCGUCAUCCACUCCGCACAAGGCGGAAUUGUAGGCGAACAGAAAGAUAUGGUCAGCUACGCGCGCGCACAGACAGGCUUCGGAUACCUUCGAAUAAAGCGAACAGAUCUUGUAGAUGUCCUCCUGGAUGCGGUGUACAAAGCCCAAAUCCCCAUCUAUUUCAAGAAGCGGCUCACAACCAUUGACGACAACGGCGACUCUGGUGUGACUAUGACGUUUUCCGACGGUAGUACUGACACAGCAGACAUACUCAUCGGCUGCGAUGGGAUUCACUCUUGUGUGCGUCGUCUGUAUGUCGAUCCCAAUCAGAGGCCUGAAUACUCUGGGUUUUCGGGACUAUUUUCGCUUGUUCCCACGUCGAGGCUGUCUUCUUCUGCUGCAGCGCAGGUUUCAGGAAUCGGUGCAACGUUGACAGAGCAAGGGAUGUUUAUGGUGAUGCUCGCGACGGCAGCAGGUGAUGAGGUGUCCUGGGGUUUGUCGCAGGAGGUCCCGUUGCCGGAUUCCGGGGAUAGUCGAGAUGGGUGGGAGGUGUAUCGACAGAAGGAGCUGAAUGGAUUUAAAUCAAACAUGCAUCAGAUCUUGGAAAAGGUGCAUGGUGACUGGGGGGACUUACUAAAACAACUCGUUGAGAACACCGACGUUAUGAAGUUCUAUCCGGUUUACCGACUGCCACUUGGUGGGGCUUGGUAUAGGGGUCGCUGUGUGCUUCUUGGUGAUGCGGCGCAUGCAAUGCAGCCACACGCGGGACAGGGCGUCUCUAUGGCGUUGGAAGACACGUUUCUGCUUGCUCGCUUACUGGAAGACCACAGUCGACCUCUGACGGAGGUGUACAAGAAAUAUGAAGAGAUUAGGAGACCCCGAGUGAACGAGAUCUACAAGCUUGCUUCCCGAAACGCGGGGGUUCGGAAGACGACUGGGCCCUGGGGCUUGUGGUCGAAGGAAGUUGUGGUUGGGAUGGCAUUUUGGGCUUCUUGGGCGUUAGGGUUGGAGAAGUGGGGAUGGAGACAGAAGCAUAUGGCUUACGAUAUUGAUAUGGAGGAAAUAUAG